CAGAUCUACACCAUCACCACCUCCACACCCCCACCAUGUCCUUCCAAGACGUGCUCCGCCGUGGAGAAGACUUCCUCUCCGACUACCCGCGCACGUCGCCUCUCUGGAACGCCGCCUCCCACCUCACCUGUCUUGCCAUGACCUUGAACACAAAGUUCCUCUUGAACUUGCUCUACAAGCCAUAUCUCCACAACAUCGACAAACUCGACCAGGCGCUAGCCAAGGCACGCCAGGAGAACAGAGGCCUCUUGACGGUGAUGAACCACAUGUCUGUGGUGGACGAUCCGUCGUUCUACGCUGCGUUGCCCAUGCGGUACCACCUCGAUGUGGACACCAUCCGGUGGGGCUUUGGCGCCCACAACAUCUGCUUUCUGAACCCAGCGCUCCUGUGGUUCUUCAACUUGGGUAAGAUCUUGGGAACCAAGCGGUUUGGCGAGGGUCCGUUCCAGGGUUCGCUCGACGCUGCCAUCAGGGUGUUGAGUCCAGACGACACCUUGGACCUCGAGUUCUCGCCAGGGGUCCAGGAGUCCCAGAAGCCGCUCCUCAUCCAGGAGGUCAACAUCAACCAGUCACGGGAGUUGGUCAGGCACAUCAAGCCCACGCCUGAGUCCACCAACGUGUUGAUGUCCAAGUCGCCGUUCAUCAGGACCAAAACCUCGUGGUUCCACGUGUUUCCCGAGGGCUUCGUGCUCCAGUUGCACGAGCCCCACAGCAACUCCAUGCGCUACUUUAAGUGGGGAGUCUCCCGACUCAUUUUGGAGAGUACUACGGCGCCCGUGGUUGUGCCUAUCUUCUCGUACGGGUUCGAGAAAAUCGUCCCUGAGGAAACCAGCGGCGAGGGCAUCAAGCGGUGGCUCCCAGCCCACUUGGGCUCGGAAAUCCACAUCACUAUCGGCGACGCCUUUUCGGACGACCGCAUAGAAUCUUAUAGACAAAAAUGGAGAGACUUGUGCAAGGCCUACAUUGAUCCAAAAAACCCCACCGAUUUGUCGGAAGAGUUGAAGAACGGGAAAAAGGCCCAGGCGUUGAGAUCGGGCCUUGCAGCUGAGUUGAGACAGGCAGUGUUGGAUAUCAGAAACACCAUUCCGUCUCUCAAGCCCGAGGACCCCAAGUUCAAGGACCCCAAGUACUGGCGAUUGUACACCGAGACUGAAGGAAUGAGCGAUCCUGAAGUCAAAUUCAUCGGCAAAAACUGGGCCAUCAAGAGGCUCCAGAAACACUUGCCAGAGUUCAACGACGACGAGUGAUCUAAGACCCACCCCAACAUUUGCCCCAGUAUCUUGGUAGAUGCCCAUCCACAUCUACUCUCACCUGUACAUAACCGACCUGCAUAUAGAAAAUUCACAGCCAAAAUGAAAAAUUUCGGUAGAUCAACCCAGUCCUUCA